AUGAGAAGAUUGAUUUCCAAGCAGGAGUUCGACAAAACCAUGGAUGAUUAUUCCCAACUAUAUUGCACUGAACCGCCAUUGAAGAACAUGGGAGUUUCAGAACACUGUGUCUUUGAUCCUUUCGAAUCCCCAGCCUCGGCCUUUCAUGCUGCUGGAACUUACAUGGAUCUUCUUCAACAACAUGAUGAGCAUCAAGUUGGCAAUAUUCCUCCUUUGUGCUCACAAUUUCCCACUCAUGACUCAAACAUCUUACUCUGUCAAUCUUCCCACUGUAACUUUUCCAUUGAUUCAGCUCAUGACCAAGCUGGCUCCAACUUCAGGGACACCUUGCAAUCACUUGUGAAAUCUCAAUUGUGCAGCAAUCAAUGCAUUUUUUCCUCAGAGAAGCCGAAUAAAAUUCCAUGCAACAAUAUGAGCAACCCUUUUCCCCAUGCCCAGAACAUGUUAUUGCUUGGUGAGAAUGAUGCCUUGGUCAGGAAGCAACUUUCGGUUCCUUCUGAUGCAAAUCAGGGUCUUACUGUUUGUGAUAGUUCAUCAUCCAGGCAAGCUGCAUCAAAAAAAAAAGGAAUCAAAUGGACUCGAGAUCUUCAUGACCAGUUCGUGAAGAUUGUGGAUCACCUCGGUGGUGCUGAGAAGGCAACACCAAAAGCAAUACUGAAGCUGAUGAACUCGAAUUUAUUGACCAUAUUACAAGUGAAAAGUCAUUUGCAGGACAUAACCGUCGGCAUUAGCAGGUACUUGAUGGUCGAGUUCACCCCGAACAGCACAGCCCUGCCGAUCCUCACCACCGACCACUUCCCCCUUCCUCUCCGAGGGUCUUCCCCUGCAGCAGAGGCGCCUCAAUCUGCGCCGGUGGCUUCCCGGAUGAGACGAGCUAGAGGCGCACACGCCGAUCCUCCAAGUACUAGUAGAAGGCGGAGACAAUAA